GUGUCAUCGUCAGUCAGACAAGAAACAGAAAAGUGGAAAUUGGAAAUUGUUCAUUCAUUUCAGGCAAGAAAUAUCCGCAACGUUGACAAAUUUUAUUUACAAUGGCAGACAAAAGGAAAACUAAAAAGCGUAAAGAGGAGUUUGGCGAACCAACUGAAUCUGAGAAGCCGACAAGCCAGGAGUUAUCGGUGGCGAAAUGGCUGAAGGCCAACGUGCCUACUAAGAAGACCAAGUUCUUGAACCAUCAUGUCGAGUAUUUUACAGGCGCAAAAGCAGUUGACGCGCUACUAACUUCCAAAUGGGCCACUGGGAAGAACCCGGUCUUCACCACCCGCCAUGACGUCACAGACUACCUGCAUCAAAUGCUCUUGCACAAACUAUUCCACAGGGCUAAAAAGGUACCGGUCACUGAACAAGAGUUAAAGGGAAAAUCCAAAAAGAAAGAUGCAGAGAAGACCAGCAAGAGUGGCGACGAAAAAGACGGAGAGAAGAGCCAGGCCAGUGCCUGUGAGGGCAAGGAUAAAGACAGCAAAGACAAAGAGAAGGAGAAAAAGAAACGCAAGAUCCGUCUCGAGAUGCAUCUGGACCAGGUGUUCCUGGAUACAGCGGAUGCUUACGUGUGGAUCUACGACCCGAUGCCGUGGUACUAUUGGGUGUGCGGCGCACUGGUCGUCUUGGGAACCAUUGGAGUUUGUAUGUUCCCGCUGUGGCCCGCCACUGUCAGAAAAGGCGUGUACUACCUAAGUAUCGCAGCGGCCGCAUUCCUGGUCAUGAUAAUCGCUCUUGCCGUGCUACGUGUGGUGGUGUUCUGUCUUGUAUGGGUGCUGACGCUGGCUCGUCACCACCUGUGGCUGCUACCGAACCUUACUGAAGAUGUUGGAUUCUUUGCUUCCUUCUGGCCGCUUUACAAGUACGAAUACCGCGGGCCGGGUUCGGACAGCGAUAAAGCUGCCAAAAACAAGAAGAAGCGGAAGAAAGACAAGCAGUCGGACGACGAGGCUGAGAAGCCUCUUCUGCCGGAGCCCGCGGCCGAGGCGCCGCCCCCGGAGCCCGAGGCUAAGGACGAUGUGGAGACGGAGACUAAAGAGGACGCUCCGAUCCAAGACAAAUCGGAAUCCGAAUCCGAGAACAGCCAGCGCUCGUCCACCGACCGAGACUUCGAGAUGGUCGACCCAGCCGAUCUGGAGCCCGACCCGAAUAACACAUAAGUGCGCAAGCCACGCUGGCUGGGACAGGGUAUACUUUGUAGGUUGGUACUGUUUGUAGUGAGAGGCACUUGUCCCGACGAGAAAGCGGGUAACUGCUGACUGAAGAAACAUACAUUAUGGUCAUGUAUGCUUACCAUGAGUUUACAUUAAACAUUCUCGCUAGCGACUGCUAAAUACCAGGGCCCCGAUUGCGCUAAUUUGUAAUGUUUCCAAUUCAUUCGCAUUUCAGCUCCAGUUGCGCGCGACUUCCGUUCCAUUAUCAUUCCAGCUGAUGUAACGUGCAAUUCGGUAUCGCGGUAAAGUUCACGCGUAAACAAAGACGAAACAACGGAUUUAUGCACUUUUCAUUAAAAGUUCGAACACCUUAUUUUUUUAAAGUAAAAUUUCACUAAAACAGCUAUGUCCGUGAAGCGUUUGACUUGCGUUUGAGAAAAGUAGCUUUCUGUCAGCUUUUACGUAAACGUUCAACUUCGUUUGAACUAGCUGUCAAAACGACACCGCGAUAUGGAUGUGUCAAAGAGCUGAAUUUCGUUCAUCGUCCAGUCGCGUUGCAGUUGAAAACUUUUAGCGCAAUCGGGGCCCUGAAAUGUAUGACAUGGGAACAGCACCCCUGGAGGGGUCAAGAACUAAUACUGUCGUAGAUUUUUAGGGUUUAAUAAGGAAAACUUUUUACGCAUUCGUUAGCGAGUACGUUUAAUGUAAACUCAUGGUAGAGCUACUGAACGUCAAGUUGUGUCACUGUGCUUUAAGCCAGAUCCUUAUAGGAAAAACUUGCCCAAUCCGAUCACCGUAUGGUGACCGAAUCGGGUAAAUAUAACCUACUAGCACAACGACACAACUUGACAUUGACGUUUCUAUAAAUAGUUAAUAGAUAGGCUGGGUUGCACCAUCUUAUUUUAACUUUGACAAACGUCAAAAAACUGUCAAACUUUAGUCGUUUUCUCGUUGGCGGAGGGAUAAGUGCCAUAGACAUUGAAAAUACGCAAUCUAUUGUUGAUACACACGCGACUUAUAUUGCACGAGUAAGUUGCAUAUUUUAUAAUAAUUAUGUAGUAGUUUGAUGUUGUGUAUCGUCAGUAUAUUACAUAUUUUUAUGUCAUAUUAUGUAUGUGUGAAGGUAUAGCAACGAGUGUUGAUAUCAUAUCUUCAUGUAUGCAGAUGUAAUAAAUAAAUAUUGAAGCGAAAUUCUUGCAUAGCCAGCCAUGAUGUAAUUUUGGUAAUAUAGAAUUAUAAAAAUGUCAAUGUAAAAUUUUAUUAGUAGUUUUUUAUUAUAAAAAUAUUGUUUUCUUUUUAUAAAUAAAUUACUGGCAUUGUAUUAAAUGCAUUUGUAAAAAGCAAUCAUUUUAGCUAUUUUAAGAUGUGUAUUAUGUAGGAAUGACAUUAAUAAAAUUGGUGAUGAUAUAAAAUUUAAAGUAUCGACAACAAAACCAAAUGAAAACUUUAUGUUUUGCAUUUAUUUAUUGCGUAUUUAUUAUAAUUAUAUAGUUGUUUUGUAUAGGUUUGUACUUUCAUAGAUCAAAAGUAUACCCUCUCCUAGUAUGGACAGACUAGGUAACAUUUAGGCUACAAUAAAUUCGAAGUAUUUGAAUAUCGUGGGUAUUGAAGUUUUUCUAGUAUUGAAUUCCGCCAUUCUUAUGCAGGUACUGUGACGUACAAACGCGUUCGAUGAAUAUUUUAUAUGUACGUUUCCGCGUAACAUUGUGAUACUAAACUGGUCUGUAUAAAUUAAAAAAAUGUUGAUAUUACUGCUGAAAUACAAAAGUUUACAAAGUCUAACACUAAAAACUAGUUAAUGUUUCUAUACCACUAACCAAUCUACUAUCAUUGAUUUGUUUGUAUAGGAAGAUUAGUUUAUUUUUGUUAUUUUGACGUUGGUCCCGAAGUAAAUCUAAUUGUAAUUUUGUGGUACCAAGCAAAAGGUAAUCAUUUUAGUUUGUGUUCUUUAUACAGGACUAUUAUGUAGGGAUGCCAUUGUGGGAUCUAUGAAUUCACAAUCACAAUAUAAAACUUUCACUCUUACGCGUUUGUGAGUUGCAUAAUCUAUAGUAAAUAUACAUAGAUAAUAAAUACGGUUAGUGAUGCACGGUUCAUCUCGAUAAUCUCAUAAAAUAUAAAGCCUGAAUUUUAAAGCUUUGUAGAGGCUUUUACACAUUUGCGUAUUUAUCGUGCGAGCCAGUUUUUCGAUUUAUCGUAAAUUAUCGAUUAUCGAUAUUAUAAUUACUUUAGACAUGUCUCUGUAUCGAAUCUGUUUGGCCUCAUGACUAAAUCGCAAAUGUGUAUAAGAUGUUUAUAAUGACAACGCACACGAUACAUUUAUUUACAAGAUAUUUGUGAGUGUAUUUUACGAGAAAUCCUCACAGAAUUGUAACGUCUUUUUGUAAAAUGUUGUAUCGUGUGCGCCAGUUUUUACAUUCAACCUAGACGCAUACCUAACGAUACUUUUAGACGAUUUUAGACAAAUUAUAUUCGUUUGUUAUGUCCAGCGGUUUUGUGAUUAUUUUGGUGCUUGUGAAUCUGUGGUAACAGCGACGUUGGCAAAGGAAUCUAGGUUUUACAGCCAACGUGGAUUUAUUUUUAAUGUUGGCUAAAUCUGAUUAGCGCUGUCUUUUAUAAAGUGAUUUGUAGAGAAAAUUGAAGGUUUUUACGUAUCUCUUUAUAAACUGGUCUAAAGGAGGUUGUUCACUUUAUUCAAAGUGUUGGAGAUGAAGUGAUAAUCUUCUUUAGACCUGCAGAUUCACAUAAAGUUUAUUUUGGAAUUAUGUGCAUUUUUUCACAUACAUACAUAUCUGUGUGUUGUAAAUACGUACUCGUAUCAAUCUAAAGAUCUAAUUGGUGUUAAAUAUGACGAAACGCAUUGAUGUUAAUCAACGGUAAUCCAAUAAAACGACAAUCUUUUAAUAA